CGUCGCCUAUGCGACCGAUCGAACAUAGCAUGCGUUCGACCGAGACGAUGAGGUCGAUGGAGUCGAUGAGAUCGAUCGACUCGGUGAUAAGGCAACCGUCGGCUGACCCUAUGCGUGCAUCCGUCGAACACCAUCAGUCUAGCAGGUCUUUGGAGGCUAUGGGUAGACCGAUCGAGCAGCAGAUCCGCACCGAACAGCCAAGGUCCACCGUUGAACAUCCAGCCACGUCGUCCUCCAUGUCUUCCACGUCGAUGAGAAACGUCAUGGAUCAUCACUCCAUGCGCGCCAUAGAACAUCCCUGCAGGCUGAAAGAUCACGCGAGUUACAUACACGACCAUCACUUUGGCCGGAUGCAUGAUCACGGCUGUAGGUCUGUCGAACACGUUUCGCGGAUGCUGGAGCAUCGGCUUCACGAGCAGCAUCCCGGUAGACCGCCGAUCGAACAGACACCUUGUCGGCCAAUCGAACAUCCUCCUGUGCGACCGCCGCCCGUCAACUAUUCCUGUCGGUCUCUCGAUCACGCACCCGGAAGACCUAUGCCGAUGGACUGUGUCAUCUAUGGUCCGCAUUCUCAUCCACCGCCAAGGUUACCCAGCGAGAGCCCCUUUCGCGUCAAUUGCCCCGUGCACAGCCCAUUCCGAUAUAGAUUCCCGAACGGAGCUGUCGAUUAUCACUCGCAACACCAGGCGCUUUUGCAAGCACAUGACGUAGCGGGACACGAGGUGUAUGGCGAGGAAGCAACCAGAGUCACGCCACCGCCUCUACUUCCGUAUCUGAACGGAGGCGACGAUCUCGAUGGUCAAAACGGCGAUUUGGACCUCGAAAAUGUGACGCGCGUCAGGCUGGUCCAGUUUCAGAAGAACACAGAUGAGCCAAUGGGAAUCACUUUGAAAAUGAAUGAGGAUGGGAAAUGCGUGGUAGCACGAAUUAUGCACGGUGGUAUGAUACACAGACAAGCGACACUUCACGUGGGUGACGAGAUCAGAGAAAUUAAUGGAAUACCGGUGGCCAAUCAAUCUGUCAAUGCCUUGCAAAAGAUACUCCGGGAAGCACGAGGUUCGGUGACCUUCAAAAUCGUGCCGUCUUACAGGAGCGCACCACCCCCCUGUGAGGUACAAAUAUUCGUUCGAGCACAAUUCGACUAUGAUCCAUUGGAGGACGAGCUGAUACCCUGUGCUCAGGCUGGGAUUGCGUUCAAGACAGGGGACAUCCUGCAAAUCAUCAGCAAAGAUGACCAUUACUGGUGGCAGGCGCAGAAGGACAACGCGGCCGGUUCCGCGGGGUUGAUACCUUCGCCUGAACUUCAAGAGCGAAGAAUCGCCUACAUGGCAAUGGAAAAGAACAAGCAAGAACAAGAUGCUGAAGGAGAAGGAGGAUGUUCUUCUCACACCGAAGGCUGCGACGGUUCGACAGUGAAUUGCUCAAUAUUUGGCCGGAAAAAGAAGCAGUACAAGGAUAAGUAUCUCGCGAAACACAACGCAGUCUUUGACCAGCUGGAUCUGGUCACCUACGAAGAAGUCGUUAAGCUUCCCUAUCCUGCAUUCCAACGGAAAACGUUAGUGUUAUUGGGAGCACAUGGUGUUGGUCGUCGUCACAUAAAGAAUUCCAUUAUCGGGAAGCAUCCCGAUAAAUAUGCCUAUCCUAUUCCACAUACAACGAGGCCUCCACGGAACGACGAAGAGAAUGGUCGCAAUUAUUAUUUCAUAUCGCACGAUGAAAUGAUGGCCGACAUCGCUGCCAAUGAGUACCUCGAAUAUGGUACACACGAGAACGCAAUGUACGGAACGAAGCUAGAAACGAUUCGGAAAAUUCACGAAGAAGGCAAGGUGGCGAUACUGGACGUCGAACCUCAGGCACUGAAGGUGUUACGCACGGCGGAGUUCGCGCCUUAUGUCGUUUUCAUCACUUCCCCGGUGUUCCAAAACAUCACCGAUUGUGACGGAAGCCUGGAGACACUGGCGAAAGAGUCGGAGUCGCUGAAGCAAGCGUACGGCCACUUUUUCGACCUGACCAUCGUGAACAACGAGAUAGACGAGACGAUCGCACAAUUAGAGGCGGCCAUCGAGCGGGUGUACACGACACCGCAAUGGGUACCUGUGUCCUGGGUCUACUGACAGCGAACCUCGCCAAUUCGUCAGAUCACUAACUGCAAUGGCUCGUCGAAUGUGAAACAGUGAUCAUCGAGACGCGAUCCACCGAACGACCGGUCCGUUUGCGAUCGUUUUACCGCGGCCACGAUAAUCUUCUCAACGUCGUACGCCUUUAUAAAUUUACGGUGUUCGUGGGAAAUUGAAAUCGUAGCCUGAUCCGUGGGGCGGGGGUUAGGGGGAGGGGGGCAAACAGCCGCGUAUUAGAAACACGUCGGACCAAUCGAACGAACGAAUUUGCCGUCGCUUCUUCGAUCGAUCUACAGCACGAUAUCGACUGGAAUGCGUGACUCUAGCCGUGUGUUCAUCGACUAUUUUCAUUACUGUUCAAUUUCUUCUACUUAUUAUUGGAUCGUCGUUAUUGUUAUCACCGCGAGCAGAGGCGAAGAGACGAAACUGUCGACGUUGUCUCGAGGCGCAAAAUACGACAAUCAAAAACAGAGGAAAAAGAAAGAAAAAGGAAAACAGAAUACAACAGGCUGAGAGCAUACAUUUCGAUUCCGAUAUACGAGUUCCAUAGGACUGUAAUAUUGCUUCCACGUUAAAUAUAAGCGAUACAAUUUCUCGUGUCCCUCAGAGUGUAUCGUCUCGGUUAACGACUCGAUUCGACGGGUCACGAUCCAACAACGGUGUUAAUUUCCUCGCGAUUAAUCAGAUCCCGCAGUUUCCUCUCUUCUUCUCUCUUCGUGCGCUGUUUCGCCUCUAUUUCAUUUCCUACUCCGUCUUUCUAUCCGUUCCGUGGUCUUGUUUCUUGCAUUUCCUUCAGACAUUCCUCGUACCACGUUAGCGUGCGUACACGAAUUUAUCGCUAGUUUCGUCAAUCUGUACGGGUCUGUACGUAGCGAUACAAUGGUAAACGAAGAUACGAGUAUAUACCGAACUGAAUCGAAGAACGUGAACAGUUCGCUUUUUCGGGGAUUACGCAUCGAAGAGGAUCAAAAUGGGGAACGGUCGUUCGAACUGUUCGUGAAUGUCGACCGAAUGGACACGCUUGUACCGUUCUUGGGGAGAGAAAAAAAAAUCUGUCAAUCGACUAUCCGUAACCUGUAAUUGCCUCCUAUCGUACUCUCUUAUAACUAUUUACACAAAAUGAAAAAAAAAAAAAAUGAAACUAGGACCGCGCUGUCCGAUAGUUCGCCGCCGCUAUCCCACCGUAAUAGUCAAUCUUCUGUCUGUUCAAGUUGAAGGAAAAAUCGGACUAUCGACAGCUAGUCGUUUACCUGUAACUUUAAGCAGUAGAGAGACUUCGCCGAUUUCGUCUAGUACUUCUAACAUCUAACGGGAGUUCAUCCGUCGUCGUGAGAUACGCGAUGAACCUUCGUACGUGUAUAUGCGCAAGCGCUGUUCUAUAACCGUAUCGUUUCUCUGUUCUUCUCUCUUAACUUCGAGCGUGUUUCGGUUCGAUCUGAAAAUUUUUCUGUGCCGCGUUUCAUUCUGUCGCCGAAUCUAGGACGUCGAACCGUGCACCCGAUCGUCGUUGUAUAUCUUUAUUUUCUUCCUUCUCGUGCGAGCUCGAUGAGCAUUGGCUCGGAUAUCGAUCUACACGCAGCAAAUCGGUGUUGCAUUUCGGUUCGAGUAGUCGUCGUUUGUCGAACGAACGCUUCUAGAUACGGCGGUGAUCUCGAUGAGCUACUACCACGGGAUUUACGUUGACACACGACACACAUGUACACAAAUCAACUGUAAUAUCACUCGGUUCGCAUUGCACCCUCGUACAAAGCGCAUAAUCGAAUGACGAAGUAACAGAACGCGGUUUACUAUACGAUAUUUAUAACACGUAAACUCAAGUAAAUAGAUAGUCUACCAACUAUAUGAAAUAAUACUAAACACCGUCUCACAUUAAUUGAAAAGGAAAAAAAAAAAAUAAUACAGAAGGCUAGAACACGUACACGGUGACACGUGCAAGGGACACUGACACAUUUACACGAAUACACGUAGACGCUUACAUAAACAUUCCGCGUACGCAGGUAAACAUAACACGCGACAUAUAUAUAAAUAUAUAUAUACAUACAUGACAGUUACACAUAGGAAAACACGUAACGUACACGGACAAGUAACGCGAAUUCACGAGAAACAGAUUUAACGACUAGAUAAUUAAUUACAAGCGAUUAAAUAAAUUAAUUGUGUAACUAAUUAAUACUAAAUUACUAGAAGACUAAUAGUAAAUUUGCAUAUGCAGCCCGUAGAGCGAAGGAGUGAAUGCGUGUACGUACGGGUAUAGUGUGAAUCUCUUGCAUUCGCGACUGGCGUUGUGAUCGACCCUCACGCGGCUUUGUUCAGAACUUGUUCAAUUACAGCUCAACUACUUAUAAAGAUCUCGAGAGGAACAUACGCACACACAUACGCAACAACAUAUACGUACAUGUAUAACAGAUAAGAUACAUACGCGAACACAUGUAUACAUACAGUUACAGACACGUACAACACGCGUAUACAUAGGUUUUACUACGUUCUUCCUAUUCGACACACGAUAUUAGUCAUCGAGCGUGUAAUUAUCCUUUAUUAAACGCGAUGUAAACUUCGAUGGUGGAGUUAUACAAAAAGGAGAGACCGAUGGCAUCGUGCAUGUUCUGUCGGUAAAUAAUAAUUUGCGCGGAACGACUGUGAAAUGUCGACGACGUUUCCUCGAGCAGCAGGCCCACCACGCGAAGACGUGUACACGAAGACAAGUCUGAAAUCUUGAAAAAGGGGGAAAAUGAGAAAAAGAAAAGGGAAAGAAAAAUGACGAGAAGGAACGUCGUGUGAAACUUCAAGGAAAGCUCGUGUCGGUAUGAUCGUUUUGUGUGAGUGAGAAACUAUCGAGACGCAAGAAGAACGAAUCUUCAGUGAUUUUGUAAUAUUUCUUAUAAGUUGUAGCUGCCAUAUCCAGUAAAAUUAAGUACUAGGUGCGCUGGGUGAUUAUCUGACGACGACUGUUUCGAUAACGAUUCUAAUGGUGAUGAUGGUGGUGUUGAUGAUGAUAAUGAUGAUUAUGAUAAUGAUGAUGAUGAUCAUAAUGAUCCUACGUGCUCCUGCAAGUGUGUGUCCGCGACUUUGGAUGAGUUACGCUAAGAUGUUGAAAGACGACGGGUCUAAAGAAAACAAUAACAGUUCAUUACAAUUAUGUAAUUAUAAGUAAGAGAAAGAGACGAAGAGUAUUAUAACACGUUGUUAAUUGAAUUAAUAAAAC